AUACUGGAGACAAGGCCCGUUAAAUAGAAACGGGCUGACGUGUUCUCGUUAGUUUGAUCACGCUCUAACACCGAACGGUGGACCUGAGUACAUUUUGUUUUGUAUUGUCAAUUUUAUUUUUACUUGUUACUUGUUACUCAUAAUAACACUCAACAAUGCCACCUGUUGCUAUACCGGAAGAGUCACCAAAGAAGUCGCUUCGCAUAGCUAUCAUCGGGCAGAGCCAGUUCGCAGCUGAAGUGUUCAAGCUGUUGCAACGCGACGGUCAUGAAGUGGUUGGAGUAUUCACUGUACUGGAUAAAGGAAACCGGGAAGAUCCUCUUGCCACAAUAGCUGCAGAGCACGCCAGGCCUGUCUUUAAGUACAAGACAUGGAGAGUGAAAGGAAAAGUGAUUCCUGAGAUUCUGGAGCAGUAUAUAUCUGUGAACGCUGAUCUCAAUGUCCUCCCAUUCUGCACGCAGUUCAUCCCCAUGGAAGUGAUUAACUACCCCAAAUAUCAGAGUAUUUGUUACCACCCCAGUCUAUUGCCAAGGCACAGAGGUGCUUCUUCCAUUAAUUGGACUCUGAUCGAAGGUGACACAGAAUGUGGCUUGUCAAUUUUCUGGGCCGACGACGGACUGGAUACCGGCCCGGUGCUCAUGCAGAGGAGCUUCCCCGUAACCCUUGACGACACCGUUGAUACUCUUUACAACAAAUAUCUUUAUCCUGAAGGCAUCAAGGCUUUAGCGGAGUCUGUGAAUAUGGUCGCCAACGGCACGGCUCCUAAAAUCGACCAACCAGAAGAGGGAGCCACUUACGACCCUGCGUUGUUCAAACCAGAGACGCAUCAGAUCGACUGGUCAAAACCUGGCAAAGAUCUACACAAUUUCAUAAGAGGUCUGGACUCCUCUCCCGGCGCAACUUGUAUCAUCAAACCACAAACAAAAGAAGGAAUUAUAGAAGAUUCCGAAGCAAUCAUAGAGGUGAAAUUCUUCGGUUCUGCUCUAUGGGAGGGAGAGUUUGAAAUGGAAGGAGACAAGCUGGUGAUACCAGGAUUGAAAAGACCUGCGGUGGUGCAUGACGCUGGUCUCCUGAUCACCGCUAACGAUGGAGUAAAGCUCAACAUCCAACGUUUAAAAGUGAAUGGUAAAAUGAUAAAUGCACAAAACUUCUUCAAAGCAAACAACAAGAAGGUCACACUAGAAUUAACACCAGAAGAAAAACAAUUUGUAGAGAACGCUCGCAAUAUAUGGAAAGCGAUAUUACGUAUCGAUAUUGAAGAGGAAACAGAUUUCUUCGAAUCAGGCGCUGGUUCCAUGGACGUUGUCAGAUUGGUGGAAGAAGUCAAGGAUUUGGGAAACAUUGAACUCCAGAAUGAAGAUAUUUACAUGAAUACAACUUUUGAGGAGUUCUGUACCGCAGCUGUGUUUAUAGGUAGAGGCGGUAAUGGUGCUAAAGAAGUUGUCUACGAAGGCGUGGAGAUGGGUGUCAAUAAGAUGAGAAUAAAAUUCCCUACCCAGUUGUUUAUUGAUGGACAGUUUGUUAAUUCUGAUAGCGGUAAAAGUAUGGAAAUAGUGAACCCGACCGAUGAAAGUGUGAUUUGUAAGGUACAAUGUGCGUCUAUCAGUGAUGUGGACAGAGCUGUCAAAGCUGCGAAAAAGGCGUUUGAGGAGGGUGAAUGGAACAAGAUCAGCGCUAGGGAGCGAGCUGCAUUAUUGUUCAAAUUGGCCGACCUAAUGGAGCAACACAAAGAAGAGCUAGCGACCAUAGAGUCGAUAGACUCAGGUGCCGUGUACACUCUCGCACUCAAAACCCACGUCGGUAUGUCCAUAGAGACGUGGCGGUACUUCGCUGGUUGGUGCGACAAGAUACAGGGCUCCACUAUUCCUAUUAACCAUGCACGACCUAAUAGGAACCUUACAAUUACAAAGAAGGAGCCAAUCGGCGUAUGCGCACUUAUCACACCAUGGAACUAUCCUCUGAUGAUGCUAUCAUGGAAGAUGGCUGCCUGUCUCGCAGCUGGCAAUACCGUCGUCAUGAAACCCGCUGCCGUGUGUCCUCUAACGGCCCUCAAGUUCGCAGAGCUGUCUGUCCUGGCAGGCAUUCCCGCUGGCGUGAUCAACAUCGUCCCUGGUUCCGGCACCGUCACCGGCCAAGCGCUGGCGGAACACCCGCUUGUGAGGAAACUCGGGUUCACUGGAAGCACUGAAAUUGGACAGGUAAUAAUGAAAACGUGUGCGUCGAACAUGAAGAAGGUGUCGCUUGAGCUGGGAGGCAAGUCGCCACUCGUCAUUUUUGAGGACUGUGAUCUUGACAAGGCUGUCAGAAAUGGCAUGGCGUCAGUAUUCUUCAACAAGGGCGAGAACUGCAUAGCUGCCGGGCGAUUAUUUGUCGAGGAGAGCAUCCACGACGAGUUCGUUCGCCGUGUCGUCGCUGAGACCAAGAAGAUUGCUAUCGGCGACCCAUUGCACAGGGGCACGGCACAUGGCCCGCAGAACCAUAAAGCUCAUAUGAAUAAGCUCCUUGAGUUCUGCGAAAGGGGCGUAAAAGAAGGUGCCAAGUUAGUAUACGGCGGCAAGCGGUUGUCUCGGCCAGGAUACUUCUUCGAGCCUACAAUCUUCACUAACGUCAAAGACGACAUGUUCCUCGCCAAAGAAGAGUCUUUCGGCCCUAUUAUGAUUAUCAGCAAAUUCAGCAGCAAGAAUAUCGACGACGUAAUCCGUCGAGCGAACAACACGGAAUACGGUCUCGCCUCAGGCGUGUUCACGAAAGACCUGUCUCGGGCAAUGCAGUUCUCUGAGCGCAUAGAAGCCGGCACUGUCUUCAUCAACACUUACAACAAGACCGAUGUCGCUGCGCCUUUUGGAGGAUUUAAGCAGUCAGGCUUUGGCAAAGACUUAGGUCAAGAUGCACUGAACGAGUACCUUAAAACCAAAUGCGUUACCAUAGAGUACUAAGCAAAUAAAUUUUAUGCCUAAAGAUAUGAAAUUGGGUAAUUUUCAGGUUUAUGUUCUCCACUUAAUUUCG